CCUCCGCGACGGGAAACAUCUUGCCUUCUUGAACUUCCUCGACUUUAUUUCCGUUUGUAUUUUACUUCAGGCGAACGUUUUCCACACCUACCACGUCUUGCGUGCAAACAAAAUUCCAGCGGAGAAUAUAAUCACCUUCGCCUACGACGAUAUUGCAAACAAUCCCAAAAAUCCGUUUCCAGGCCAUGUUUUCAAUGACUACGAGCACGAAGAUGUUUACAAUGGUGUGGUAAUUGACUACCACGGAAAAGACGUCAAACCGGAUAUCUUCGCGAAAGUAUUGGAAGGCGAUAAGGAACUUGAAAAACAAGGGAGGAAGGUACUGAAAAGCUGAGGUCGCGCGGAAGUAGACGUUGUUGUUGCACUUGC